AUGGAGUUUCUGGAAAGAACUUAUCUGGUGAAUGACAAAGCCACCAAGAUGUACGCCUUCACCCUGGACAGGGUGGAACAGCAGCAGAAAUCCGUGAAUAAAGAUCAAUGUCCUGCAGAAAGGGCAGAGGAGCUGGCGGCAGGAGGCAUCUAUCACUGCCACAGCAACUCCAAGGCCACAGAGAACAGGGCCAACGAGCAAGCCCACGCCAGAUGGACACUCUGUGCUGCUUCGGCAAUAUGCUUUGUGUUCAUGAUUGCAGAGGUCGUGGGUGGGCACAUUGCUGGGAGCCUUGCUGUCAUCACAGAUGCUGCCCAUCUCUUAAUUGACCUAGCCAGUUUCUUGCUCAGCCUCUUCUCCCUGUGGUUGUCAACAAAACCUCCUUCCAAGCGGCUCACAUUUGGAUGGCACCGAGCAGAGAUCCUUGGAGCGCUGCUGUCCAUUCUGUGUAUCUGGGUGGUGACUGGAGUGCUGGUGUACCUGGCUUGUCAACGCCUGCUGCAUCCCGACUACCACAUCCAGGGGACGGUGAUGAUCAUUGUUUCCGCCUGUGCAGUGGUGGCCAAUGUGAUCUUAACUACGGUUUUGCACCAGAGAGGCCUUGGCCACAAUCACAGUGAAGAGCAAGCAACAGCCAGUGUCAGAGCAGCUUUUGUGCAUGCCCUUGGAGAUCUAUUUCAGAGCAUCAGCGUGCUCAUUAGUGCGCUUAUUAUUUAUUUUAAGCCAGACUACAAAAUAGCUGAUCCAAUCUGCACAUUUAUCUUUUCCAUCCUGGUUUUGGCCAGCACCAUCACAAUUUUAAAGGACUUCUCCAUCUUACUCAUGGAAGGUGUACCAAAGGGCCUGAGUUACAAUGGAGUCAAAGAACUCAUCAUGGCAGUUGAUGGGGUUGUGUCUGUACACAGCCUGCACGUCUGGUCUCUAACAAUGAACCAAGUGAUUGUCUCAGCUCAUGUUGCCACAGCAGCCAACUGGAACGACCAGGUUGUUCGGAGAGAGAUUGCCAAAGCACUCAGCCAAAGCUUUGCUCUGCACUCCCUCACCAUUCAGAUGGAAUCUCCAGCCGACCAGGACCCUGACUGCCUUUUCUGUGAAGCCCCCGAGGACUAG